AUGUUAAAUAAAAUAGUGUCAAAUCAAAUCCCAAUCGAAUUUAAUUCUGACUAAGAUGAAUUUAACUAAUGCUUACCAAGCUAAAGUAAUUCUACUGCAACACCAGGAUUAUUAGAGAAUAUCCAUUUAUCUAAAGUCUUCUGUUCUUCACUUUUCGAGGAUCAUCUUAAUUAAGAUGGUAAAAUAUCCAUAUUAUUUAGAUGAUGAAUUCAACUCUUUGAAUAAACAACUUUAGAAUGUGUUGCUGACUGACAAUUAUCGACCUUCAUUAAUUUAAGCUUUCUCUGCUGAUAUGUAUACAAUACCAAAUUAAAAAACUUAGGUCUUCAUAUUUGAGUCAUGAAAAACUUACUAGGAACUCUAGGAAAAUGUAAUAGGAAUAUGAAUAAGCUAAUAAAAAAGAAAGGGAAUAUGUUUUUAACACUUAUAUUAAAAAUAAUAUUGUUCAUCUGAGUUUGGACAAGUAUAUGCAUUAUAUACUGGAAAAAAUUAUUGAAAUUGGUAUUAAUUAUAAUAAAUUAGGACCAACAAAUUUUAGAAACUUUAUUAUAGACUAAUUGUUUCAUUCUAUCAAGAAAUUAGUAAUUGAUCUUCAUGCUUGUAAAGUAAUGCAGAAGGGUUUAGAAAUCAUGUCCUUAUAUUCUUCAGAGUCUAAACCUUAAUUUUAAAAAUAUAUUAAUUUUAUUUUGGAAGACUGCAAUUUCACAAGAAGAUUAUAUACUGAUAAAAUUGGAAAUCAAAUAUUUUCUAAAAGUUUAGAUGUUUUUGAUGAAUAGAAUUUAGAAUCACUUUUAAAAAUAUUCGAUAAAUAUGUAAACUACUUAUUAAAUAUUAGAUUUUAAAUCAAAAUUAAUAUUCAUUAGAAUUAUCAACUGAUUAAUAUGGAUGUCUAAUUGUUAAUAAAAUUAUAGAUAUAUUUCCAAAACUUAUAGAUCCAAAUACUAAAUCCAUUGCAAAUGAAAUUAUUCUAAGAACUAUCUAAAAUUCAUCAUGUUUGAUAAGAAGAUAAUAUGCUAAUUAUAUCAUUUAAUAAAUAUUGGAAAAAGGUUAAGAGAAUCACAAAAGAUUACUAUUGAAUAAUUAUCUAAUCAAGGAUUUUGUUUCAAUGUCCCUUGAUAAGUAUGGUAGUAAUGUAGCAGAAAAAGCAAUAGUAUAUGCAGGACCUUAAUGGAGAUAAAGACUUUGGGAAGAGGAAGUUUCUGUUUCUGAGAGGUAUUAAUCUAAAUAAUGUAUAGUUCAUUUCGAAAAUUAGUGAAUGAUUAAUUUGCUAAUUAUCCAAUAUAAAGACUUUAUGAAUAUUUAUCUAUGGAAUAUAGAAAUGAAUUCAUAGCAUUAUUAAACAGAUUGCAUGAUAGUCAUUUUCUCAAUCAUCAUGGUCAAAUAGUCUUAAAAUUUUCUCUUGCUAAUUAUAAUGUAAAACGUUUUGCUCAAAAAAUCAAUAAUCUUGAAAAUAGUAAACCAUCUAAAUUGUAAGAAAAGAAUAAAUAGCUUUAAUAAAUAUAUGAAUAACAAUAAAAAAAGAAUUAAAAUUCAAUUCAAUAUUAAUAAUAUAUUCAAUAAUAAUAAAUGAUGGCAUAAUAAUAAUACUAAAUUUUUUAAUAAUAAUAGUAAUAAUUCAAAUCUCCAGUUGAAUUUCAAUAAUACUAAGCCAUGCUAUUUUAAUAAGCUAUGAUGAUGUAUUAAUAACCAUAAUAGAUCAUUUCUCCUUAAUUUUAAUAGUAAUAUAUGAAUUAGUAGUUUCCUAUCUCAUUAUCUUUUUAGCCAUAAGAUUAAUGGUCUUAAUAGACACUCAAUAAUUAUUAAUAAUUUUAAUGCUCUUAAAAAAUGAAUUAGAAUCAAUAAGAAUAACUUUGA